CGGGAUAUUUAACCAUCUUCGUAGGGGCGGCUGUCCGCGUCCCGGCAGCCGCAUUCCGCCGCAUCUGUCCGACGCUGGACUGCACCGGCUUCUGGCUGAAUCAAAUGCGCAAACGCGUGUUUCUAAUCUUCUAAUCGACAGCCCCUUUGCGCUCCUUGAGUCUUUCUCCUCCUGCUCCUCCUCCUCUUUUCUCUCCUCCUCUACUCGUCUCUCUCCUCUUGACUACAUCUCCUGCUGGAUGAUUUCAUUUUGUAAAGUCAUUAUCCCCAGAAAGGUCAAAGCCUCUGCUUCUAGGAACGUAGAAUUACACUGGGAUAAGCCGAGCCACAGCGAAAGUCAAAGUUUCUCACUGGUGUAGAACCGUGCGACGGAUUGGUCCGGAGCAGCCGAUUACUUUUACUCCUUCUCGGAUCCCUGAGCGUUUGUGGAGUGCUGUUUUUCUCCCGCUCUUGAGUCCCGACAAACUGUGAAAUGACUUUCUCUACAAUUUCGACAGUUGAGAGUCACCGAGAUUCAGCCAGAGAAUGGGAAAUACCGAGUUAAACUUUAUCUGCUGUUCCAAGCCGCGGUGCUCCGGGGGCGUUGAGGUGAUGCAGGUCCCCUGGUCAUCCCAGUGGAGGAAGCAGAUAAUGAAGAGUGGCUUUGGCUGCUGAACGUCCCCCACCACCACCACCCUCAUCCCUCCUUCGCUCCCUCCAUCUCUGAUGGCUCUAUGGGGCGUCGUCAGCCUCAGCCUUCACUGCUGGGUGUGUUUGCGGUCUGUGGUAAUAACAGCAGCAGCAACAGCCAGCCUCCCCAAUGACAAGCCCGGGGGCCCCCUGGACUGGCUCCUGUCUGAUAAAGGGCCUUUCCACCACUCCCCAGAGUAUAUCGACUUUGUGGAGAAGAACCGACAAGGUUUCUCCACCAGAUACAAGAUAUACAGGGAGUUUGGGAGAUGGAAGGUAAACAACUUGGCAGUGGAAAGGAGAGAUUUCUUGGAGUCUCCGUUACCUCUCACUCCUGAGUUCAUCAGGAACAUUCGACUCCUGGGCCGCAGGCCCACUACCCAGAUGAUCACUGACAAUCUGAUCAGGAAGUAUGGGACACACUUCCUGUUGUCAGCCACACUGGGAGGAGAAGAGGCCUUAACAAUAUUUGUGGACAAGAGGAAACUGAGUAAGAAAGCGGAGGUGAGCGAUUACUCGGGGAACUCCUCCACUGUGACUCUGGAAGCUCUGCACCAGCUGGCUGCCUCUUACUUCAUUGACAGGGAGAGCACUCUGCGCAAGCUGCACCACAUCCAGAUCGCCUCCACUGCCAUCAAGGUGACAGAGACCCGCACCGGUCCUCUUGGAUGCAGUAACUAUGACAACCUUGACUCUGUUAGCUCUGUGCUGGUUCAGAGCCCUGAAAAUAAAGUCCAGCUGCAAGGCUUGCAGGUGAUCCUUCCAGACUACUUGAGAGAAAGUUUUGUUCAGGCUGCUCUCAGCUACAUAGCCUGUAAUGGAGAGGGGGAAUUUGGCUGCAAGGACAAUGACUGCUGGUGCAACUGUGACCCUAAGUUCCCAGAGUGUAACUGCCCUUAUAUGGACAUCCAAGCCAUGGAGGAGAGCCUGGAGAGGAUCACAGAGACAUGGGGGAUCCUCUACAAGGAGUUCGAGGAAUCAGAUGAAUUCAAAGCGUUCUACGCCAGGCUGCCCCAGAACUACUUCCUGAAUGUGUCCACCAUCCAGCACUUGUGGUCGAUGGACAGCGUGUUCCAGUGGCGAUAUGAGCAGCUGGAGAACAGCAUGCGCGUCCUCUCCAGACGAGCCCACAGAGUCAUCUUCAAGCUCUUCAGUCUCAGUAAGAGAUGUCACCGACAGCCCCAAGUCCGCCUACCAAGAGAACGGCCUCAGUCCUACUGGCUGAGUCAUUUCCAGUCCCUCCUGUAUUGCUCAGAGAACAACCAGCUCGGUGAAUUCUCUGAGGAGCUCCACAGCUGCAGCUGUCGAUACGAACACAGCCCCUGUCAGAUGCCGCCGCCCUGCUUUGUUGGGGAAGGCUCCGCUUGCGCAACAUGUGCACCAGACAACCACACCCGCUGUGGGAGCUGCAACUCGGGUUUUGCCCUGAUGCAGGGGGCCUGCAAACCCAUGGUGGCAGACUCUACAGAGAACUACCUGGGAUUCGAGACAGAUCUCCAGGAUUUGGAGCUGGGUUACCUACUGCAGAGAUCUGACCGCAGACUAGAGGUCCAUGCAAUCUUCAUCAGCAAUGACAUGCGACUGAACAGCUGGUUUGACCCAUCAUGGAGAAAGAGGAUGCUGCUGACGCUAAAGAGCAACAAGUACAAGUCUAACAUGGUCCACAUGCUGCUGGGAAUAUCCCUCCAGAUCUGCCUUACAAAGAACAGCACCCUGGAGCCUGUCCUUACUCUCUACAUCAACCCAUUUGGAGGGAGCCACUCAGAAAGUUGGUACAUCCCCGUCAAUGAGAAUAAUUUUCCAGAUUGGCAGGCCACUAAGCUAGACUUACCCUUUGAGUGCUAUAACUGGACUCUGACACUGGGCAACAAGUGGAAAACGUUCUUUGAAACCAUUCAUAUCUACCUUCGGAGCAGAAUAAAGACUCAAGACGGUGUCAAUGACAGCAUUUAUUAUGAGCCUUUAGAGGUGACAGAUCCUGCUCGGAACCUGGGCUACAUGAAGAUCAACAGCAUACAAGUCUUUGGCUACAGCAUGCACUUUGACCCAGAGGCGAUCCGUGAUUUGAUUCUGCAGCUGGACUACCCGUACACCCAAGGUUCCCAAGACACAGCCAUGCUUCAGCUCUUGGAAAUACGCGACCGUGUAAACCGGCUGUCCCCUCCGGGUCAACAGAGGUUGGACCUGUUUGCCUGUCUUCUGCGGCACCGGCUCAAACUGACAGCCAGCGAGGUGGUUCGCAUUCAUGCCUCCUUACAGGCCUUCAGCUCACGUCUUCCCAGUUCGAUGGAUUAUGAGACCACCAAGCUGUGCAGUUAACAGCUGCUUGAUGGAAGAUGUGGACUGUAAAUUGCCUCAAGGAGAAAUGCUGGACAUAAGAGCUGUGCCAACUGUGAGGUAGAUGCUUACAGUCUCUAUGGAUUACCAAAUGUAUGGUAUAUAAGGAGAGAAAUCAGAAAGAAUGUACUCAUCUUUUGGUUUCUGUUUUGUGACAGCUACCUUCAGUGCUGUAUCAUACAGAGAGAGGUGGAUCAGCAAGAAAAUGCACAACUGUUUCAUGAGAACAAACUCGACAACAAAUGAACUCAACAGUAGAAAUUCAGAUACUGCUAUAUAAAAGUUGAUCCAUCCUGUUUCAAUAUGACUCUGUUCAUUUAUACUGUAAGUACCAAUGCCAAAUGAACGGACAUUUUACGGUAAAAAUGGUACAUGUUUGUUUGUAAUUUUUAUAUGUUCCUCUUGCUUCAGUGACAGUGCACUUUCCAUAAAGACCAGAAUACAGUGGUGUCAGUCAAGAUUUUGUAGAUAAAUUGAUAUUAAAACAUCAUGUUAUAACAGAUUACAGCUUUUGGAAUAUUUUUCAAGAUCCUUCAAACUAG